AUGUCUACUGAUAGCCCCCCACCGUUUGUCGGGCGAAUGCUCGCAAUGUUAGAGCCAGCACAGAUCAUGACUUGGGCGAUGUCGCACUACAUCCGAGUCUGUGCUGAAGCCGUCUUCAAAAAUGGCCAGCUAUUUGCUCCAAUUACCCAGACCAAGGGACUCCGCGAUGAAGCAUUUGGAAGAUUCUGGAUCGAUUUCACCUCACCCCGCCAAAUGUCAUCCGACCCAAACAACACAGAAAUCCCCGAGCCAGUCGGCUCCUCGGCUCUAAUCCCCCCACUCCUCCGCACAGCAUCUGGGAUAGUCCUGGACAUCGGUCCAGGCACAGGCACACAGAUGCCACUACUCACCUCACCGGCAAUAACAGCUCUAUAUGGCGCCGAGCCAUGCAAAAGCCUGCACUCUACGAUCCGCGAAAAAGCGGAAGCAGAGAAAAUCUCGUCCAAGUAUCACAUCGUGCCGACAGGGGUAGCAGCUGAAGAACUAAUCCCCGCAUUGCGGGCGACGGGCACGGGCGUCGUGGAUGCGUAUGAUUCUGACGCACGUGCGGGCAUCUUCGACACGAUCCUGUGCGUGCGGGUGUUGUGCUCGGUGCCGGAGAUGGAGCGCACGGUGGGUGAGCUGUACGGGAUGCUCAAGCCUGGUGGCCGGUUGCUUGUUACGGAGCAUGUUGUUAACCCGUGGCGUCGGGCGAAGGGGUCGCUUGUUGGGCGGGUUGUGCAGGGUAUCUAUCAGGUUCUCGGGUGGAGUUGGUUUAUUGGGGAUUGUUGUUUGGAUAGGGACACGGAAGCGGUUUUGAGGGCUGCUGCUGAUGUGGAUGGGGGAUGGGAGAGUGUUGAGUUGGAGAGGGCUUUUGAGUGGUCGGCUAUGCCUUAUAUUUCUGGAGUUUUGGUCAAGAAGGGGAUUUAA